AUGUUGCAAUCAUUCUACGAGAUGCCUUUCCAUUUGCUUGUCCCCCCAAACAUUAAAUUGAGAAUUCAAAUACCAAAACCUUCACCAUUUUUCAUUUUUAGUUGGAUACUUGUGUCCUAUUUUCUGGUGACUGGAGGAAUUAUAUAUGAUGUUAUUGUGGAACCACCUAGCGUUGGUGCAACAGUGGAUGAAAAUGGACAUUCUCGACCCGUAGCAUUUAUGCCUUAUCGCGUCAAUGGCCAAUAUAUAAUGGAAGGUCUUGCUAGUAGUUUUCUUUUCACAAUCGGCGGCAUUGGCUUUAUAAUUAUGGAUCUGAGCUCAAAUACCCUUGGAAAAACAAAGUUAAAUCGGAUGUUGUUGUCUUCAAUGGGAUUCAUAUUUAUUCUGGUUUCUUUCUUUACAACUUGGCUAUUUAUGCGUAUGAAACUUCCAAGUUAUUUGCAACCAUAA